CCCUGAAGACGCUUUUUAUUUUGAAAUCGUCUUCAUACCGUGGUUGGUUAUGUACGUUGUUGUUCCCCUUUGAAUGCCGUCCGUUUUGUUAUGACUUAACUGCAUUGUUGUUUUGAACUAGUACUUUCAUUAUGAACAUGAUUCAGACCUCUGUUAAAGUUGUGUCAUUUCUCUGUUACUGUCAAAUAUCCACAUGAAGUUGAUAUCAGUUCAAAUCUGUCAGGAUCUCCAGGAGUACAAAAUGUUCCAUUAUGCAGAUCGGUAUUCAAUUACAAUAAAAACAACUUUAUUCAACUCGUUCAUGAAAUCUCUGCCUGUAUCUCUGUUACAAAUAUUUUAAUUUGUGUUGUUAUAACUGUCUCUUGAUAUAACUGCAUUUGAUGCAAUGCUGAAUUGAGCAGUGGUUACGAGAGAUUUCUGAAGUAAUCUUAACCCGAGUCAACAUGCAUAUAGGGAAACAAGUCAACACAUAUCUUUAAUGACAUUUGGUCCCAAAAUACAAAGUGUAAGCUUGGCUUGACUCCUUAUAUUGUUUACAUGAUGUCAAGUUUGUCUAGAAGGGGGAUUCGGGGAAGUAUAGAUUGCAUACCAACAGUGCUGAUAGCAGCAAUGUCAUAUGGUCAAAGUUCAAAUUAUAGUUAGCCUUUGUCUGAGAUUGCACUUUACAUGUUCUGUCUGCCUGCCUGUGCAUGUCUGCUGUGACAGCUCCUGGAUAUUAAGUUGGCUUCCCUCUUGGUGCCCCACUUCUGCCUCUCAGCUGAAAGAUGCAGAGGAAAAAAUGCUCAAGAGUGUGGAGCGGCCUUUCUCCAGGCAACAUGUCCGCAUAUCCAACAGCAACUAUCUGUGGACCUUAGCUUUUUCCACCAGGCCACAGCCAUGCUCUCUCCCCCAGCCCCCCGCCCAGCCCAGAUCUCCUCUGGUUCUGCUGCACGGCUUUGGAGGCGGGCUUGCCCUUUGGGCCCAAAACCUGGACUCUCUCUCCAGCAGUGGGCCGGUCUACACUCUGGACCUGCUGGGCUUCGGCAGGAGCAGCCGCCCCGAGUUCAGCACCGACCCGGAGGGGGCUGAGGAGCAGUUUGUGGAGGCGCUGGAGGAGUGGAGGGAGAAGGUGGGACUGGAGGAAAUGGUGCUGCUGGGACACAACCUGGGAGGAUACCUGUCUGCUGCCUACACACUCAAAUACCCACACAGGGUAAAACAUCUGCUGCUGGUGGAGCCAUGGGGUUUCCCAGCACGUCCAGAUAACCCCCAACACUACUCCAUCCCAGUGUGGAUCAGAGCCAUGGGGGCCGUCAUGAGCCCCUUCAACCCACUGGCUGGACUCAGACUGGCUGGGCCUCUAGGUCCGAUGCUGGUCCAGACAAUCAGGUCGGAUUUCAAGCAGAAAUACUCUUCUGUGUUUGACGACAACACAGUAUCCGACUACAUCUACCAUCUGAAUGCCCAGACUCCGAGUGGAGAAACAGCCUUUAGGAACAUGACCAUCCCCUAUGGCUGGGCGCAGAGGCCCAUGCUGGAGAGGAUCGGCCAAGUCCAGGCUGACAUUCCCGUUUCCUUCAUCUAUGGAUCACGCUCCAGCAUUGACAGUGACUCUGGAUAUUGGUUGAAGAAAACCAGACCAGAUGUGCACAUCACGGUGAUCAGAGGAGCAGGCCAUUACGUCUUCGCCGACCAGCCCGAUGACUUCAACCAGACAGUCCUUCAGAUCCUCACUGGGAUGGAAGAGAAAAAGCCAAGAUGAGGGAGCGAAGCAGUGAGAGCGCCCUCAUUCAGACGACACACACACACACACACACACACACAUAAACCCAUUACACAGCCUCAGCUGCUUCACUGUAAGCCUCUUUAUCAUGCACUUUACUUUUAAAAGAAAACCAUCACUGGCUAAGGACACUUCACUCAUCAUGUGGGAGUCAAAGAUCUGAUGAUGCCACAGGUUUCUUUGUAUAAGUUUUGUAAAUAAAUGUGAAAUGCAGUCCGUGUUGUAUUUUGUCUUUCGGCUUCCAUUUGGAAAUUCUGAGAAACUGUUGGGCAACUCUUUUCUGUACAAAAAGAGAACUCGUUCCUCAAGGGAACAUCUUGUUUUGUGGUUGACGUCUAGGCAAAGUACACAGGGUGUUCUUUUUUGUCUGACCCCUCACCCACUCUCAGAGAGAUACGAGGGAGGAGGCGUUUAGGGCAAAGGGCUGACUGUGUGUUUUUCAGGAAACUUCCUCACUCCUCAGGAGACACUGUGACUCGGAGCGGCCAGCAGAUGGCAGCACGGUGACGGCAUACUUACAUUACCUCCGCUCUCCGUUUCAGAACAGUCACAGUGAAUCUCAUACAAAGCGCCCUCACAUACAUAUUG